ACACACUUUGAGAUUCACCUGCUUGGCCAUCACGUUGAUCCGUGGAUCCGAUCUCUAGGCAGUAUAUUCAUUCAUUUCGGAGUCCUCUCGACUCCUCACAACCAACACCAGACAGUAUUACAAAGCAAUUGUCACAAAUACAACCUCACACCGAACAAGUUGUAGCGACAAGAAUCAUCGCAAUGUCCUCUCCAGUCCGAAAAGUUGCAGUUGCUGGCGCGACGGGUAAAUUAGGCUCUUCAAUAGCUAAGGCCUUGCUUGAAUCUGGCUUCGAGGUUACUGCCAUACAGCGAGCCGAGUCUGAGAAGACGGCCCCGGCGGGAUGCAAGUCCGUCAAGCUCGAUAUGAAUGACUUUGAGGCUCUCGUCUCGGGAUUAAAAGGCUGCGACGUAGUGAUCUGGGCUGGGCCGGAUCCCAUCGUCUUUGAAGAACAGAAAACCUGGAUCGAUGCUGCGACUGCUGCUGGUGUCAAACGCCUCUUCCCCUCCGAGUUCAGCACCAACCUCGAAUCGCCCCUUGCCGAGGGCCACCCCCUGGUCGCUGGAAAGGUCCGGACGCGCCGCUACCUCGUCGAGCAGGUCUCCAAGUCCGGCGGCAACUUGAGCUGGACAAGCGUCAAUAACGGGCCGUUUUUCGAACUCGUAUUGGCCUUUGGCGGCUUAGGCCCGGACUUCCGGACCCACACGGCGAGAUAUCACAACGGAGGAGACAACCUGAUCGGGACAACGAGGAUUUCCGACAUUGCCGAAACGAUUGCCAAGAUUCUUCGCGAUGAAAAUGGAUUGUACACGGAGGCGGAGAACAAGCCCGUGUACAUCCACUCGGCAGCCGUCACCGAGAAGCAGAUGACCAAACUCGCCGAGAAGGUGACGGGUCUGACCUUUGCGGUGGAACAUUACGACGUGGAGGAGCUCUACCAAGACGCAAAAGCUAAGCUGGCCAAGGGCGACAAGUCGGCCAUGGCCCAGCUCUAUUACCAGAUGAUGUACGGCAAGGGGUAUGGGGGAAGCGAGAGCUUUCAAAAGAUGAGCUGGAACGAGAAGGUCGGCUUGAAGACUUUGACUGAAGCAGAAUUAGAAAACGUGGUGAGAGACGUUGCGCAUAAGAAUGGGGCGAAGUAAUCAAUAGAUGCGGUCGUAUUGUAACAUUCUAAUCGAAAC